AUGGCUGGGGUGGAACAGAACAUCACCAUCAAUCCUGAAAGCACCUCCACUGAGCUGGUUCUAAAUGUAGAAGUCACUCUUGGAAUGAAAAGUGGGAAGAAAAUGCAAAAACAUAAGAAGAAACCGCAGGAUGGUCUUGGGAAACAGAAUACAGACAUUUUACCUGCUGUGUGUGCUCUGCUGAAUUCCCAAGGAGGCAAGGUCAGGGCUCAUAUUAAAAAUCAAGACUAUAAUUACAACAAACACAGAAUAGGAGAAGAUUUGGAGACCUCUUUCAAGGCUAUUAUGCCACUUGCUCAGAACCACCUAGACUUCAAACAGGAAGGACGCUGCUUUGUCAUCUCUGUGAAAUCAUGCAGUCUGGAUAACUCUGGUUUGAAGCCUGCCACCAUUGCAACCAACUUGUACGUGAGAAACGGGGCCUCCUGUCCUCCAAUGGACUUGCAUACUGCUCUGCAAUUUUUCAAAGACCUGGAGAACCCUGGAUUAAGAUCUCCAAUAAAAACAAUGUUGUCUGACAAAAGGCCUGGGGAAGAUGUGCGAGAAGAACUCUGCAUCCCCGGACAAGAAGAGAUCCACGUGCAAGAAGAGCUGGAUGUGCAAGAGCUGGCUGCGGCUUUUUUUAACCAGGCAGAACUCACAGAAGAAAAAUUCUCCUUUAGCGAAUCCAAAAAUGUUGAAUAUAAAUCGUUCAAAACAAAAAAGCUGUUACAACGAGUUAAAGAUAUUCUCCCUAAAACUCUGUCUGCAUUUGCCAACACUGACGGGGGAUAUUUGUUCAUUGGUUUAGAUGAAAAAGAAAAGCAAAUCGUUGGUUUUGAAGCGGAGAAGAGAGAUCUUGUGUAUCUAGAGAGUGAAAUAGAGAAGUGCAUCCGACAGCUGCCUGUCAUUCACUUCUGUAAGAAGCAGGAGAAGAUAAAGUACACAUGCAAAUUCAUCCCCGUCCUCAGACAGGGAGCCGUGUGCUCAUAUGUGUGUGCGCUCAGAGUGGAGAGAUUCUGCUGUGCUGUGUUCGCUGCAGAGCCCGAGUCCUGGCACGUGGAAGACAGCUGUGUGAAGAGGUUUACCUCAGAGGAAUGGGUCAAGAUCUUAAUGUCUAGCAGGCCAGGGUCAGGAAGGGAGAUUAACAAUUUAGCUUGCGAAGUUGGAAGACUUUCUCUUGGGAAUUUGAGACAAGAUCAUUAG